AUGCCACCUCUUACAGGCCUGCGAGUCGUGGAGCUCGCAGGUCUCGCCCCAGGUCCCUUCUGCGGGCAGCUUCUCUCUUCAUAUGGUGCCUCGGUUCUCCGAGUCGAUCGCGCAGGUGUCUACGAAAACCAGGAUAUUCUGACAUCCUACAAGUCGUCUAUUGUCUUAGAUCUCAAGAACCGACAUUGUAUCCGCCUCCUCAAAAGCCUUCUCGAUAAGGUUGAUAUCCUGAUUGACCCUUUUCGACCUGGCGUUCUCGAAAGACUGGGCUUAUGCCCCAGUUCUGUUCUUCUCGUCUCAAACCCACGUUUGAUCGUGGUGCGUAUUACUGGUUUUCGUCGCGAUGGUCCAUAUAAGGAUAUGGCCGGGCAUGAUAUCAACUACCUGGCUGUCUCUGGUGUGUUAAGUAAGCUUGGAAGUAGCGGACUACCACCAUCGGCACCUGGUAACCUUCUCGCAGACUAUGCAGGGGGAGGUCUGGUUGCCUUUUCAGGUGUUCUCAUGGCCCUUUAUCAUCGAGGCUCGACAAGCAAGGGCCAGGUUGUCGAAGCGAGCAUGGUGGAUGGCGCCUCAUACAUAGGAACCAUACCACGACUGAGGUCCGACGAGCCUGCUUGGAACGGCGGAAAGGGAACCAACCUGUUAGAUGGAGGUUGCCCUUACUACCAAUGUUACGAAUGCAAAGAUCAAGGACGGUACAUAUCUGUAGGCGCACUGGAGCCUCGGUUCUUUGAGAACCUUCUCCAAGGCCUGGGAUUGACAAGCGACGACAUUCUAAGUCCUGGCCUGCGGCGCGAGGACAAGCGUUCGUGGCCACGGAUGCAAGAGGUAUUUGUCAAAACGUUCAAGGAGAAGACACGCGAGGAAUGGGAGGACAUAUUUGACGGCUUGAACGCAUGCGUUGCCCCUGUUCUCGAGGACAAGGAGAUGGAAAAGGCGGGUUACGAACAGCGACCGAUAGUAAACCUGACUGCCACGCCGGCGAGACCGGUAGACACACAGUGGAAAGGCAAGCGGCUGAGUCUGGGUCACGGCGCAGAGGAGACAUUGAAGACGUGGAUGAACUGGGAGCAUGGUGAAGACUAUGCGAUUGAUCAAGGAGUAUAUCUGUUGCGUCCAGUGGAUUCUAAACUUUAA